AUGUUUGGUCUUCAGCUGGAUGAUUUGGAGGCGGCGUUUCAGGCGCCUGAGAAGAAAAGUUGCUUCGAUUCUGGACUUUCAGACACUCCAAAGCGACCCGCCAUCGAAUUGGGUUCUUUAACCUCCCUGCCAAAAGUGCGCAAAUCGCGCUUUAAGUUACCAAAAAUGAAAACCAUUACAAUACCCGCGGAGGGUUGCAUUCAUGAGGUCGUUAUACCUCCCGGCACCACUUUCAAACCUCUUGGACCUAUGUCAGACACACCAGCAAAGACCUAUUCCUUCAAAUUAGAUCCCUUCCAGAGACAGUCUAUUCUCGCUAUCGAGAACAAGCAGUCAGUCCUGGUGUCUGCACACACUUCUGCAGGGAAGACCGUCGUGGCUGAAUACGCAAUCGCUCUGGGUCUAGCCGCCAAACAGCGUGUUAUCUACACGACCCCCAUCAAGGCCCUUAGCAAUCAGAAGUUCCGGGAGUUCACCGCAGAGUUCAAGGACGUCGGUUUAAUGACCGGAGACAUCACAAUCAACCCGGAAUCCACCCUUCUUAUAAUGACAACAGAAAUUCUGCGGUCUAUGUUGUACCGUGGAUCUGAAGUCACCCGAGAAUUGGGUUGGGUCAUAUUUGAUGAAAUCCACUAUAUGCGUGAAAAGGAACGUGGUGUGGUUUGGGAGGAGUCCAUCAUCCUUCUGCCUGACAGCGUUAACCAGGUCUUUCUCAGUGCCACAAUUCCAAAUGCCAGGCAAUUCGCCGAGUGGGUCGUCCAUCUGCAUCACAAACCCUGUCAUGUUAUCUUCACCAACUACCGACCCACUCCUCUACAGCACUACGUCUUUCCCUGCGGUGGAGACGGAAUUUUCCUUGUCGUCAAUCAAGAGCGCCAAUUUCUGGAGGCCAAUUUCAACUCUGCCAUUGAUGUGGUGAGAAAGUCAGCGGACAAUGCCAAGGCGGAUACAGCGAUGCGUGGUCGUAAGGGUGGUUCUACGCGCUCUGUCCCCUAUUGCUACAAGCUAGUAAAACUUGUUAUGGACCAGAAUCUGGACCCACUGAUUGUCUUCUCCUUUAGCAAGCGUGACUGUGAGUUCUACGCCUUACAGCUUGCCAAGCAGGAUUUCAAUGACGAAACACAAAAGGCUGCAGUUGACUUAAUUUUUAAUAAUGCCAUGGAUUCGCUCUCGAAAGAAGAUCGGAAUUUGCCGCAGGUCCUUUGCAUGCUUCCAAUGCUUCGUCGUGGCGUCGGUAUUCACCACGUACUAUUCACUUCAACGCGUAAGUUUGACGGAAGAGACUUCCGUCACGUGUCGUCCGGGGAAUAUAUCCAGAUGUCUGGCCGGGCUGGUCGACGUGGAAAAGAUGACCGGGGCACCGUGAUUCUCAUGUUAGACAAUACUGUCACCCCGGAUGCCGCUAAACAACUUCUCCUUGGCAAUCCGGAUCCCCUUAACUCUGCCUUUACGCUCUCCUAUAACAUGGUCCUUAAUCUACUGCUAGUCGAAGACGUGAAUCCGCAAAUAAUGCUGCAGAAGAGCUUCUAUCAGUUUCAAAAUUACUCUUCCAUCCCGGAGUUGGAACAAAAAAUAACUCGCCUCACCGAAGAACUCGGAAGCUUGGGCUUCCCCAAGGACAUCGAUAUUGAACAGUUAUCUGCUGUAGUACAAUUGCGGCGCUCCAUUGAAGACUUGGAGAGAGAAAAGUGGAGUUUGGCCAUGAAAUUCAAGCACGUUGCCCCCUUUCUACAGCCAGGCCGCAUUGUCAGGGUAAGCCGUAGUUUCUAUGCACCUAUCAUCUUGAAAUAA